UGAUUCAGAGUUAUAAAUUUUUAUCUCUUAAAAAACAUUUUAUUGAUAUUCGACAACUAAAGAAUUUAUGGAAUAUGUCGAAGUUAUAUUUUUUGUUUUUCUGCAUGUGCUGUUUAGUUAUAGCUGCUCUCAGUUCAGAAAAUAACUUAUGUAUAUCGGCAAAAUAUAAAAACGGAGAUCUGGUGCUGACUCCUACCGGCUCCUCAAAGCCUCUGACUUAUCUGAUGGUAAGACCUCUACAAAGUGAAUGGAUGAUAUUUACAGGAAAACAAUACAUUAUAGAGGAUAUUUUGCAGUACAAUUCUACUAAAAUCCGAGUCGUCGAUUAUAAGGAAAAUGGUACACGAGUCUUUUACAAUAUCCAAGUUCAAGUAUUGGAAUCUAAAGAAGGUGACACGAAAAAUAUAUCUUGGACUAAUGAUGCCUUUCCUCUGAGUGAAAUGUAUGAAAUAACCCACACACACGACGAUUUACAAAGGCCAAUUCUCACUGCAAAUGAGGAUAAUAUAUCAAUAUGUGAUCCAUCGAAAUACGCCUAUCCCAAAACAACAUUUGACUUUGGAGACUUAAGUUUCCAGAUAAGGAACAUUUCGACAAGAGAUGCUGGAUUCUAUUCCGGGUGUACUGUGAACAACGAGUCUUGGUGUGGAGGGGGAGUGGUUCUUGUGGUCAAAGGAAAUCCAACUAAACCCGUGAUAAUGGGAAAUCUGACCCUCAAAACAGGACAAAACGCAUCGGUGAGCUGCUACAGUAAAUCCACUUCAGUUCCACCCUAUUAUAAAGAGUUGCCUCCCUUGUCAUACAUGUGGUACAUCAACAACACUCUGGUGGGAGAAACUACGAGAAGUGUUUACAGAUUAACCAUAGAGAAGGGCGAUAAACACAGCUAUCUGUCAUGUCAAGCAAAGGAAACACUCUUGUCAGUGAAAAGUGACCGGCUGCAAAUCAACCCACUGUACGGUCCAGAUCUAGAAGACAUGAAUAUAUCACCACCGAUCAGCGACAACAUAACUUUACAUGAAAAUGACAUCUUUGGUCCGUAUGUCUGCGCAGUGGACUGUAAUCCACCAUGCAAUGUUCAAUGGAAAUACAUGGAAUCAUUAGGGAAGUAUAUUAGUAUCACAACCAAAGGACAAACGUCUAAGCUAUUACCGGAACUACAAGUGCGCAGAAGCAAACAUGGAUUGUUCCAGUGUGUUGCAGAAGGUUUAGAUGACAAAGUGGAAACAAUCACAAUAAAGUUAGACAUUCAAUAUUUGUCUACACCGAAGGUAUAUAUAAAUGGAGUAGAUGCUGCUAAUGUAACAGACAUACCGGAAAAUGAGACCCUACAAAUAUCGUGUCUCGUGGAAGGAAAUCCUGUCCCUGCAGUGACCAUCAAGAGGGAACGGGGGAACAACCUCCUCGGGAACAGUGUGGAUCAGUGGUUAAACUACACAUCUAUUAAAGAAACCCAGUGUGCCGAUACAGAUACCUACAUAUGUGAAGGAACGUCGAAAGAAAUUGCAAGCAAAUCUACAAUAUUCACUAUGAAUAUUAUAUGUAAACCUCGUUUGGACAAACGUUUCGAGUUCAAAUCAACGUACCAAGUAGAAAAUCUACCUACAAUCAUCACCGUGGAUGUUCCAAUUAUCUCCAAUCCUAAGCCGAUCUCCGUCAAAUGGCUCGGGGCGGUUCCCACUGAGGCCUUCUACACCACGAUAUCUAGAGGAAGUGAUUUCUUUCAUCACUGGAUAUACAGUACAAUCCCCAUCUAUAAUGACAGCAUUCUUGGAAACUACACUCUUUUUGUCGAUGACGUCGACUUAGCAAGCAUCAGGAUAAUAGGUUUUCCUUUUAUUCAUCUACUGUAUACUGUUUUAUUUUCGUCACGUGUUAUUUUCGCCAUUUCAAAACUGUUUUGCCCCUUUUAAAUUCGCAUACUAGUA